AUGAUAAAAAUAUCGCAAAAGCAAUCGCUUAUUCGGUUCUUCCAAGAAACCUUCAGGAACACCCGAAGCACGAAAACGCGAAGAAGAACAACUGUUGAAAUCAGAAAGGCAACAGAAACAACAACAGCAGUCAAAGAAACAAAAGCAGUCGCGAAACAACAGCAGCAACAACAGCAGCAACAACAGCAGCAACAACAGCAACAACAGCGGCAGCAACGACAACUCCAGUCUCGUUCACGGCAGAGUACCCUUCUUAAUUUUUCGUCUGAAGAAUUACCUUCCCUUCCUUGGGAUCAGCAAGAAUCCAUAAAGAACACUUCAAUACAGUCUUCUCGCUCAGUCGAUGAACCAUUAAAGAGACAGUCUAUCCAGAGGCGCUCUUCGGAUAAAAGUUCGAGGAAACACCGCCAAAGCCGCGAAAAGCCGGCGAGCUUAAAUUUAACCCAGAAAAUUGAGCGCGAAUAUAUCGAAGUCUCUGAUGAAAAGGAUCAUACGCCUCUUGUUACACCACAAGAGCGCUCCCGUCCCCCAAGCUCAGAGUUUUACAGUUCGCAGUAUGGACAUUCUCACAGCGACGAAUCCGUCAUUCCUCGAGAGAAGCGAUCAUCUGCAUCUCUCGAAGUUUAUUCCACAGAACUCAGACAAACAAUAUACCGAACCACUAUGCCUCAAGCAACAGCUGACUAUUCGUCUCGGUCUGAUUUGACCAGCAGUCAAUCGAGCCGAUCGUCUUUGAGUCAAUCCUCUUUGAGCCAAUCGUCUUUGAGCCAAUCGUCUUCGAGUCAAUCGUCUGUAGUCUCAACACCAUCUUUAGAACUUUAUAGUCGAAACAAUACUAACGAAAACCUUGGUGCUUUUGAACACGAGGGCAGGUUAUCAUUUGGCUCGCCAACUUUAUCGGCUAGUGCAGACGGAGCUUAUCGCGGCCUUUCAACUCCUCGACGACCUCCCGCACAACGCCGACCGUUGUCAGACUCGUUAACUGCGCGCACUAAAAUAUCUUCUUCAUCGCGAAGAUCGAGUGACAGUAUGCUAUUGUCGGGCGUUAACCUACCACCUGCACGUUAUGAACAAAGGGACACAAAGAGUAUGUCAUUACACGAAUAUCACAAGUAUCAGCAAGAAAUGGUCGUUGUACAAUUAAAAAAGAAUCAAGAAAAAGCAUCGAGACGAGCCCUAGCUAGUAAAAAAUUGUCAGACAUGAAUACGUCUCGGCCAAUGGGACUAACACUAAUACAGAGGCAGCAAGAAUAUAAGGAACAAUUAACUUCUAUGGUAGGUAUACAGAAUAAACCAGUUUCAAAAUUUGCUGAUGGGAUAAAGUCAAAUAUCAGUUCUAAACGGCAUAGCGCCGUGGAAUAUGGCACAAUAAGAAGAACCUUGGAUGGGACUGCGGAUAUGGAAAAUAGGAAGAGGUCGAAUACGGUGGACGGAACGAUGCAGACUGCUACCGAUGUAGCUUCUAAGCGCAAAAGUUACGUUGAUGCAUCACCCUCUACGAGUGUCAGCAGUAGUUACUCGAAACGUCUUGGAGCCAAGUUACUAGAUGAGAUGGGUGAUACUCGUCCCAACAUUACGGCAAGCACGUUUGUACCGCCGCCGCCAAGUAAAUACCAUCCCAAUUCCAAUUUACAAUCGCAGUCCUUACCGUCUCGUCACAUGUCCAAACAGAUGCAUAGCAUUAUCGAGGAAAAGAACCCAUAUUAUUUACAUGGGAAAAGUUGUUCGGAAUCUGUAAUUCAAAAGCGCGCUUUUCCACAACCGGAGAGAAGUUCGCUCACGUGUUUACCAUCAUUCCAACAUUCAACCAGUUCUUUAUCGUCUUCUAGUUCAACUAAUCAUUCUAGCAGUAGUGGUAGUCGGACAGCAGCAAGAAAAUCCAUAUUAAGUAAUGCCCAUUCGUCCGGAAGUAGACCUUUAUCUGCAUAUUACGGUGCUGGAGUUCAAACGGAAAAAAAGUCGAGGAGAAAAAGUGCCAAAUAA